AUGAACAAGGAGUUGAUCACUAACUCCAUCAGGGAUCUGAUACCGAUCCAACCUGAGCCAUUCCCCGGUCCAUUGAUAGCAAAAGUUGACGAUUUUAUCACUGGAUCAAGACUUAAAGCCGGUCUCCUAAAGCAAAAUCAAGAGUUUGCCAGAACCCAUAUAUGUGCAUUGUUGGCUAUUGAAAGUCUGGGUGAGAAGUUUUCCCUUCCAGAGCCACUGGUAGAAAAGAUUCCUCUGCCAAAGACAGGUUUGAAAAAGGUCUUGAAUCACUUUAGACGGGAACUGAAAGUAACUCGUGUUCCCAUUAGUGAUCAGAAUCCCUUCCAAAAAGGUAGGCAAAAUCCCACAAUGGCUCCAGAAAAAAGAACCAAAUCAAAGGAGGCCGAAGUUUUAGAGGAUAUUGGACUUCCAUCGCCCAUGAGUACCCCCGGCAAAAGUAACACAUUAACAGAGAAAAAAAAAAGGCGAUCUCCAAUUAAAGGGAAAUCUUCGACGCCAAGCACGCCUAGUUCGUCUCCUCGUAAACAGAUGACUGUCACAAUUCCCCAAUUCACAGCAUUUUGUGCAAAGUUCUACAUUCCUAGUGAAACAAUCCGUCCAAUGUUGGGAACUUUCUUCAAAUUUAGUGAAAAAAUCAAAAACCCUUGGUGCCUACUCUGCGGUUUGGUAGCAUUUGCAUACAUAAAACUCAACAAUAGAGAAAUCAAAGCAAAAUUGGGAGCAAAAACCAAUCUCUACAACAAACUUCAUGCCUUGCAAAAUGGAGGGAUGCUUAAAAAAGAUAUCCACUAUUGGUGCAAUUUGAUUGAAAAGCUAAUUAUUCAGGAACGAUGGGUUCAAGAUUUGAUAUAUUCCGUAAAUGAAGGCCCAUUUGGGGAAGAAAGAUAUGGGUUUGGUGAUAUGUUAACUCAUAACGUGCGAUAUGCUACGUCCAACAGUUUGAAGGACAACCAUGAACAAUGGCUGAAAGACGUGAAUUGUUUUUUAGUAGAGCAGAUUUAA